ACAGUUGUAUAUCUGAAGCUGGGCAGCAACAGGCUGUUCGUCACGACUGGUUAGUGAAUCGAAUGGGGAAAACAAAGAAAGAAGCAAGUUCUUCUUUACAGACCUGCGAUUGCUGUCAAAGCAAAUCUUAUGGAUAUCGACGGCGGCAAGUCGCUCGAUACAUUGGACUCUGUUUCCACAGGUGACUCUGUACGAGGCUCUCAAAAUGUGGAGGAUGGGGGAGUGUCAUCGGAUUCGGAACCCGGAGAGGAGCUGGACGUUGGGGCUUCGCACUUUGAGCAGGAGGAGAGUAAAAGCAAAGACAGACGGAGGGCAAAAUCUCUACCUGUUUACGCAGACCAAAAUGUUAUCUACGGGACAGUUUUCCCAGAGACGGCCAGAAAAAGAGUUCAGUUCGCAGACACUCUGGGACUGAGCCUAGCAAGUGUGAAACACUUCAGCGCCACUGAUGACCCGAAAGUCCCUUCUAUUGUCGUCUCCAGGCUUCAGAGUUUUCCUCCGCAGCUCGACCGGGGGUCUUUAGACGAUCUGAGCAGUUUAUUCACGUCCACUCUACGCAUGAACCGCUUGGUGCCCGCUUUCAAGAUGCCCGUGCAUUCAGAAGACUUCGGCAGCCGAGUCCUGCGCCUUCGUGUGGCUUUGGAAAAGGUUACGGUCUCUCACUUCGACAUCCGAGGGCAGAUCAGAGCGGUAACUUCUGGCUGUUCUAGGAAGGAAGUAGGGGUGAGAUACACUUUCAACGACUGGCUGUCAUUUGUGGAUGUGCAGGCAAUACCCAUGCCUGGAGAUGACGAUGCUGUCCAAGGCGAGCAAUUCUCCUUCACGCUGUACACACCCCCAUAUUCGGACGCGGGCGCUUCGGUGCACUUUGCAGUGUAUUUCCGGACUGACCAUGGCGAGUUCUGGGACAACAACGAACGGAAUAACUACACACUGUGGCAGGAAACCGGUAUCUCGAACGAGACCGAAGCUUUCUACGGCACUUAAAAGGACCAUUCUCUAUGUAAGUGCCAGCCUAGGAGGCCCGUGUGCCAGUCGCUAAAUUUUAGCAAUGCCAGUUCGGUUAUUUGGUAGUGUAGGCCUAUGGCAAUUAAAAAUGAUGCGUUUAUUCCCGGCCCCCUGUCAACAUUGGUCUUGUUGGGUCACGAUACUAUGCACUGUAAAGAAUUCAGUCAGUCCAUUCGGAAUUAGACAUACAGACACCAGAACACACUUUGUUUUGUGCACUGUAUUGCAUAAUCUAAAAUUAUGCUGGUGGAAUGUAGUGCUUUAACUGUCAGUUCUUUUUAAACCACUGUUGUGUGUAAUUAUUGUUGGGUGCUAUUGUGUAUGUCAGCUGAAGCCAUGCAUUUAAUAACUUGAAAUAGGCCUACAGCCACAAUGAGCAAAUCAUGUUUUCACAAAACCUAAUUCAAGGCAUGCAUAAAAAUUGGACCGGUUCUAUUCAGGGUUUGCACAUUUCGUGAUGUAUAGUACAUAAUGUACAUACUGAAUAUAUACAUUUUUUUUGGUAGUUCUAGUCAUGUGUCUAAAUGUGCCCUGCUUUCAUGCUCAACAGGCAAUGGGUGGCAUCUUCUCACGCUGUUGUAGCUUUAUAUCCAUAUGCACUUAAAUCAGUAUCAUUUUAAAUGGAACUGACAUUGUUAUAUCCACACAUCAAACUCACGUGCAGUAUGUAGACCACUUUACAACAUGGCCAGGCUAAAGGCUUAAUGAUAAUAAUGAUGUAAUGUUAAUUUACUUUCCUAGACCCAUAGUGUGUGUGGUUGGCUGGUUAUAAAACCUGUGUUACAAGUACCAGAGUGCCACAAUAAUUCACAUAUUCAUCAACCCUCUGCUGAGUAUCUGCAGCAUAUGGCCUAAAAUCUUGAGGGGUGGUGCCUUCAGGGCGUGAAUGGCUUAUUUCAUGAUCAGGCCAGUGAGCACACGGCCAGCCCUAUACCUGCAAGGCAUGAACAAGGUGUCUGGAAAGGCAGUCUGCUCAACGAUGUGAGAAGUGACUCCUGUUGUCACUGGGUGGAACAUUCCAGUUCUGCACCUUUUGGUCCUGGAAAUGUACCUGUAUUGUUCAUGGGGAAUGCGCAAUUUUAUUCAUAAAUGGGAUUACAUAAAUGUUCUGUAAAAAUGUAAGUGCUAUGAUGACUUUUACUGCAGAUUUCUCACAGAAAAAUUAAUAUAUGAUACUGAAGCACAGAAAAUGCCUUGAAAUUAUAAAGAUGAUGUUACUGAGUCAAACUUCACAGCCUUGGAGAUUGUGCAUGCUUUUUAUAAUUCCAGAUAAACACAAGUACUUACGAAAUGAUCUCAUUUUUAAAAAGUAUUUGUUUAAGAGAUAUUUUUGAACUGCAUAAAAUGGACUGGAAAUGGAAACAAACUGCAUUCAUAAAAGAUUUAAACCCUCA